AUGCGUGACAACCUCCCAGAGUCCUACGAAGUUUGUUGUCUUUGGCAGACCUUUGAAGCAGACUUACAGAAGACCUUGAGUGUUGCCGAUUUUGAGAAAGCCAAAGGGUGUUUCCUCAAGGGCAUCUGGGACAAAGAGUACAUUGAGAAGGUCAAGACAGAGUCUCCGGACAUUGAGGUGAACUCAUUUCGUUGGCUGCAACAGUACAUGGGUGUCCAGAGCAAUGUCCUCUCCAUUGAGGAGCAAGCAAGCAAGGCUGAGGAGGCCGUUGAGGAGGCGAAGUUCAAGGCCAUGUGUCUCAAGCUCCAGGGUGAACAGGGCAAAUUUCAGGGCUUUGUUCAACAACUUUCGGACUGGAAAGCAGAACAUGCUGCAAGCAGACGGCAACACUUGCUGUCCGAGAAAGCUGCAUUCGAAUCUUCCUGCAAGGAUCAUCAGGCAAAGAUUUUGCCAGUUUGCUGCCUGGAGAGUGGCUUUGUGGUGACGCAGUCCUUGAAGUCCUAUGAGGAGUUCUCCCAGCCACGUGCAUACCAUGUUGUGCUGUGCGAUUUGACGAAGCUGGGCACAGGAUGGUCCAAGCAUAUCAAUGACUUGGUCACCAAGAUCUCUGCGAUUGUUGCACCCAAUCCACUGGCUUGCUGCCUCAUGAUAUCCCCCAACCGGGCACGGUGGGGAGAAUCUGAUGGUGAGCAAAAGAUCUCUGAGGCAGUUCAUGAUGUUGAAGCAACACUGAAAGCUGAGAGUGCACAGCUGGCAUGCAGACGGGUUCAGGUCAUCUUCUCUGAGGAAAGUCUCCAAUCCCAUUCCACACGGGCAGCCACCCAUGAUGCUUGGAUGAUCUUGCAAAAUGGUGACUCUGAGUUCAGCAACACUGUGGGUUCGCCGACAAGUGAGAUGACCAGCCAGAGUGUUGGGCACAUCACAGUGGCCUUGUCAAAGCCUCAGCGCAUGAAGCAGUUGAUGUCCGGUGCUGCGCUGUGGCAGUCCAUCAUGAGCAAGCUGCUGAGCGGCAUGAAAGUGACAGUCCCGGUCUUUGUCACUGACCUGCUGCCAUAUGACAGCUCUGUGAUGGAAGCAAUGAUGCAUCGGAAAGCCCAAUCGAAGCAGGACUUCAUGCUUCUGAGCACCAUCUGGGCAACUGAGUCGACCAAGGAUGGGGCUGCUGUGGCAGAGAAGAAGCAGAUCUACAAGUUCUUGGUCCCUCUGUUCUGGCGUAUGAUUGGCAAGUUGCAAGACAAGAAGGUGAUUGAGCUUGAUGGCUUCAAGAAGACUGAGCUCAAGCCAGACAGCAUCAUGCCCAGCCUGAAGGAAGGUGACUUUGAAAUGACAUGCCCGAUGCCAUCUGGUGAUAGCUUCAUGCUACCUUUCCGCCAGUCAUUCCUGGACACAAUGAAAUGGACAAGGUUUGCUGAUGACUUUGCAAAGCUUCAGACCGAGCACAACAAGAAGUUCAACAAAUCAGGCUCUGAGACCUACAAGGUGAAAAAGCGAAGCAUUGAGGCCCCAGAUGUGCAACCCACCAAAAUCGAGCCUUGUGCUGAUGUCACUGGAACGACGGUGGCAGACAAUUCAGACUACAUGCUAGUCAUUGACAAUGAGUCUUUGUAUGUCAAGGCCAAACAGGAUGCAGUUGUGCCAGCCACUCUGCCAUUGGUGCUGGGUUACGGGGAGUACCACACCGAUGGCAAGGAGCACAGGAAUUCCCUCCAAUGGAAAAUGGACAGUGUGAAGUAUGAGGCCUGGUUCAUCAAGGAUGACUCCGAGGGCAAGAUGACACUGGAAGAUUUCCUGAAGCAGCUAGAGAAUGACAAGAUUGUCCAGCCUUUCAUUGCUGCCCAUGAGCUGGACUAUAGCAAUCCAGGUUCAGUUCUUUGCGUAUCUACUGAACCAUGCGUCUUCGAAAUCAAGAAGCUGGCUGCCAACAUGGAAGUAUCUUCGCAGAAUGCACUUUCCCAACUGAUGAAACACAUCAAGUUCGACACCUGGGAGUAUGACAGCGGCAACUUGCUGAGCCUGAUGAUGAGGCUCAAAUUCAUUGAGCAGUCCAGCAGCCCAGCUGGGAUUUACCCACAAAAACCGGGACUCUUUUUGAAAGCGCCUUUGGCAAUCAAGGAAGGCAAGACUUACAAGAUUGGGUAG